UCUAUGACGGACGGAUUUUAGUGAUGCACCAGGAACAAGAAAAACCGUGUUUACAAACAGAAAGUUUUGAACGACGCUCAAAGGUUUCUGACCCGAAACAUUAUUUUUAGGCAUCAGAUCCAUCAAGAGUUGCUCCAUACGUUUAAGAUGAGCAUAUGCUUCAGCCCGUGACCUUUCGAAGCGAUUGAAGUAUGGCAGACGAGGAAGGCAAGCUGACUCUGCGGCGCCUGGAAGCGCCCAUCCAGAAGUUCAUCAAAGUGGUGAUUCCCACUGAUCUGGAGCGGCUUCAUAAGCAUCAGUAUAACAUAGAGAAGUUCCACAGAAAUAGCCAAUGGGACAAACUGCACCAGGAGCACAUCAAUGCAAGUCGCACUGUGCAGCAAUUGCGCUCGAACCUGCGCGAGAUGGAAAAGUUGUGCCAACGUGUCCGCAGCUCUGACGCACUGGCGCUUGAGAAACUCGUCCAGCCAAUCCAAGAGCGCGCCUUGGUCGCAACUCAAGAGUUCCUGCACCUUCAUUCAGACUCUGUCAAUCAUCCAGGGCCACGCCCACAACCCACUUACCAUCCAGACUCUCACACAGUCUCCGAAUCAGUGUAUAGUGAAGAAGAUGUGGGAGGGGCCGAAUCCCCUGUCAAUCAAUUUCAAGUAUAUUUACCUGCUAUUCCAACAGAGCAGAAUGCCGCAGAAUCCUGGGACUCGUUAGAAGAGGAUCUAUUGGAGCUCAAUGGGUUAGUGAAUGAGUUCUGCUCCCUCGUGCAUGCUCAGCAGGAGAAGAUCGACAGCAUCGAGGCCAACGUUAGUGCGGCGGCGGUGAACGUGGAGGAGGGGACCCGCAGCUUGGGGAAGGCAGCGCGAUCAAGCCUGGCAGCAUUGCCCAUAGCAGGUGCAGUGGUUGGCACCGUUUUGGCCGGUCCACUCGGAUUGCUGGCGGGAUUUAAAGUGGCCGGCUUGGCAGCCGCAGUGGGAGGAGGCGUGCUCGGCUUCGCUGGAGGAAGCUUCAUCCGACGCAGGAAGAAAGAGAGGGUGGAGCUGCAGCUUAAACGCCUCGACACUAACCAUGAACACGAGCAUGUGCAGUAAGGCAUCCGGUGGGGAACAUGGAAUUCUGUACGUUGUAACCUGCACAACACUGGUGUUUAUACUACACUUAGAGUCGUACUGCUGCUCUCUCAACUCGAAUGCCUUAAAGAGACUUUUUUUUUUGCACCAGUGGUGUAUGACCUGUUAUAUUGACGUGACAGUCCAUGUGCUAUAUGAGGACAAAUUAAGCCUGAUAAAAAAAAAAAAUGUCAGGGGUCUUUUAUUGAUCGAGCUGUACCAGUACUGACCUCGGAGUUCACCGGGGUGUCAUUGGUGUUGGGGUUCUGAACGAUACACUUAAACGCAACACAAUUUGUACACUGUGAAGCGUGUGGCGAUGAAGCAAUAGUCAUACACUUAGUUUACACAAAUAUGAGAAUAAUAAAAAUAAAAUGAUAUAAAUGCAAUUAAGCCUGUCACAAUUAUAACAUGACAGAUUUUAAGUCUUAUGAUUCAAUAUCGGAUUCUAAAAUGGUGUUUAUAUAUAUAUUUGCACUGUAUGAACAAUAGUAUUGGGACACCUGAUUUUUUCCAGCCAUAUGUGGUUCUUUUUCAAACUGUUCGCCAUUGUAUCAGACGUCUUUGAACGUUGUAGCAGUACAUUUUUCCUCUAUUUGAACUAGGAGACCCAAAUCUGUUCCAACAUGACAAUGUCCCUGUGCACAAAGCCAGCUCUAUUAAGAUACGGUUUACAUGGGUUAGAGCUCUCGGUCCUGUUGGGAUGAAUUGGAAUGCUGACCGCACCCUAGGAUUCCUUCCCCUACACCAGUUUACAAUGAUUACACACAGUCUUGUGUCUAUGAGAGCACAAAUCUUCCCAGAUGGGUGGAGGUUACUAUAACAGCAAAUGGGGAUUAAAUGUAUUGUUCCAACAACACAUACGAAUCUGAUGUUCAGGUGUCCACAAACUUUUGCCGUAUAGUGUGCGUAUGUGUAAAAUCACACAUUUUAACUCGAAGGUUUCCAUUGUAAACUAUUGAGCAAUGUCUUUUUUUUUAUCGCACUUAUUCAUUUAGCAACUUUUACUUGUUUCUUGUUGAAAAAUUUAGCUUUUUUUCUCAGAAAUUCAUUAAUAAAGUGAGUUAUGAGUGUUCAUUACUACA